GCCGCCCGCCUGCCGCCCCACCGGCUGCCGCCGUGCUCGACGACCAGCAGCUGGAGUGCUGGGUCGCCAUGGAGGACGAGAAGCUCGCGUCCGUCCUCGGCCAGUCCCUGCACGACAGGAUCGUGUAUCGACGCCGCCUGCGCGCCGCUGGCAUGGAGGGCCCCCGCGGCAAGGACCUGCCGCAGCCAGUGGUCAAGGCCCAGCGCGUGGUCCUCCAGGCGACCCAGCGCCUCGAACGGGCUCAGCAAGCUGCUCAAGAAGCGGCGGACGAGCUCGACGAGGCCGAGGCGCAGCUUGUCGCGGGUCGGGGCGACCUGGGGCAGGCGAAGCAGGACGCAGCCUCGGACACCGCUGGCGGGGACCCAGGGGGACCUCCCGUCCCAGCGUCGACGUGGGACGACCUCGGGAAGUUGGCGGGCCUCGUCAACCAGCUCGUGGCCACCUACGAGGACCAGCUCGCACAGCUGGCGGCGGGCAACAAGCCGCCUGACUCGGGGCUCGCAGUGGCGCAGCAGACACAGGAGGCGCUGCAGAAGUUCACCGCCGCGCUGCCCGCCGCGCCUCCCGUGCAGCGGACGUCGCCAUGGGAGCUGCACCUGCGGGAGGAGGUGCUGACACCGCGGUGCGGCUUCGUGGCACGGCGGCGGCUGCAGAGCGGCUACGGCGCGACGUCAGGUUGCUGGAUGGGGUCCGGAGCUGGCUUUGACGUCGUCGAUUUCUGCGAGACCCAUGCGUCCCCUGCUGCCGCCGAGCGGCAGCAUAUCGACAUUCAGACAGGCAGCUGGAAGGUCGCAGUCACGCCUGGCAUCCCUUCAGGUCGAUCCCUGGACGGCGUCGCAGGAGGCGAGAUGAUUGCGAUCAAGAAGACGUUGGCCGCCACCACGUUUGAGGGGCACCGACGCGCGUGCAUUGCGGCUGGUCGGCCCUCCCCCUUCUUCGGUUCCGUUCCGAUGGUCUGGCACCUGCUGCAAGGCAACGUGAUCAUCGUGGUAGCAUACUUGGUGCGUGGGCUUCGGUUUCGCGGAGCCAACCAGCAGCGGCUCGCCUCCUUGGCGGCCUUCCUCUCGCUCAUGAAGGGCCCCUCCGUGAUCGUCGGCGACUGGGACGUCGAGCCGACCGACUGGGGCGAGACGGAGUGGUUGCAGCGGAUCGGGGCCGCCGUCGCGGCGCCAGAGAACGUUCGCACGACCUGCGACAAGGGCAAGGGCAAGCUGUACGACUACGCGCUUGCCUCGUCAGGGUACGCCGAGCACGUCAAGGUGGUGGCUGAGCCCAACGUGCCGUGGCGCGCGCACUGCGGGCUCAUUAUCGAGCUCACGGCCAGCAACCGCCGCUGGUACCACCAGGCGCCGGUGCUGCCCUCGGCCCUGCCUCUCCGAAGCCCGCCGAAGGUCGCCGCGGACCCCAACAGCCGCAGGCAGCGCAAGCUCGCAGCGCAGGCUUGCAAGCGCCGCGAGGCGCUGCCAGAGGAGCUGCGGGGGUCCCACGACGCGCUCCUCGGGGAGGCUGACGGGAUUGGCGGGCCGAUUGCUGCGGACGACCUCGGGCAUGCCCUGUGCCCACUGCCUGACUACACGGCCCCGUGGACAGGGAGGUGGCGCAGCGCUGGAGGCGGCACCUGGAGUGCUGCCCAGCGCUGCGGAGACGCGAUCUCCGCGGCAACCGCCCCUGCGGCAGCGCGGCGCACGUCCAUGGACUACGACGAGGACCCCAUGGACGCGCUGGCUGGCGAGUACGACGAAGGCUUUGCGGAGCCUCCUGUGCACGAUCUAGUCCCUAGCAGCAGCCCAGCGACGGCUGCGAAGUCAGCUGCGCCGCCCGACACAGAGCCCCCCGAUCAAGAUGGCGGCGCGCCAGCUGACAUUGAGUACCUAGUGAGUGCCGAAACAUGGUCCAGGUGCGCUGCUGUCGCGCAGGCUCGGAAGCCUAGCAGCCAGCGGCCCGCCGACCAGGACCACUUCCUGUUCGCGCGAGUGCCGCUCUCCACCGACCGCGUCUCGCAGAUGCACGCGCAGUGGGUCGGCACCCUCGAGGAGGCGCUGAUCCAGACGGAGCAGGUGGUUGGUCGCAGUGCGGACACCAUGCGAGGGCGUGGUCAAGGUUAUCGGAUCGAGGAGCGCAGGAUGAAGAGCACCCCUGGCCGCGCCCACCUGCUCGACCCAGUGUUGGAGGGUUGGCAGACGCUGAGCGCCUUGUUGGUCCGCCUCGUCGCGCUGCUGACCAACGGGCCCGACCGCCCGCAGCAGCGCGAGUGCGUUGCGCGGGCCGCCCCCUUGCUGCGAGCACGCAUCGCCCACCGGCGCGUCAAGGAGCCCGCGGCCGAGCAGCUGAAGACCUACGGCCUCGUCAGGGACGCCGAGGGGGACAUUGCGGCGAGGUGCAUCGCCCAGCCCGACGCCAUCCUGGAGCAGAAGACCCUGCUUGAGAAGAGGGUGUGGAAGGACCCGACGUACAAUGAGGCCGACCUUGUCGAGGCCCGCAACGCCACUCUCCGACGCGCUGCUGAUGAGGGCCUGGAUCCGAUUACUCCCGACCAGGUGCGCGCGGCCAUGCGCCGCACGAGCUCGGGCAGGGCGCGCGGCAUCGACAACGCGGGCCCCGCUGACCUGCAGCGGAUGCCCGAGGGCGGAUUCGACGGUCUCGCUUCGCUCCUCAAUGUGCGCGAGGCCGCGGGGGGUUGGCCGCGGCAACUGUCGGCGGUCAUUGGAGCCGCCAUUCCCAAGCGUGAUGGAGGGGGUCGCAUCAUCGGCAUGCUGCCGACCACCUGCAAGGUCUGGGCGAAGGUUCGAGCUGCUUCCACUGACGAGUGGAGCGAUGCCCAGGCCGAGUGGUGGGAUACCGCGGCGCGCGGAUCUCCCGCCCUGCGGGCCGCGGCGUGCUGCGCUUGCACGGGCGAGUGCGACGUGGAGAACGGGUGGUUCACCGCGACCCUCCUCCUCGACAUCAAGAAGUUCUACGACUCGGUCUCCUUCGUGCGACUGCUCGCGGCGGCCACCCAGCAGGGGUUCCCCGCGAUCGCGGCCGCGAUGGAGGCGGUCGAGGCCGACCUGUACAAAGCCGCGGUGGCGCUCAAGCAGGGGCUCGACGAGGCUGGCUUCGAGGUCUCCACCAAGACUGUGCGGGCGUGCUCGCGCCCCCCGCUUGGGCGGUCCAUCGCUGGCGGCCUGGCGCGGCUUGGCGCGCCCGCCUCCUACGCGGCGCAUGCGAUGGACCUCGGCGUGGACACGGCUUGCGGGCGCCGUCGGUGCAGGAGGCGCGCCCAGAAGCGCUUCCAGGCUGCCAGGUCUCGGAUAGGCAGGAUCCUCCGCACGCGCAGGGAGGUUCGCACGGCCAAGAUCACGAUGAUGCUGUGGACGACGGGGGCGCAGCCUCAGGCGACGCACGGCCACCAGGUCGCUGGCCUCGCGCCCUCGUCGAUCCUGGCGAUGCGCCGUGGCGCCGCCGCCUCAGCUGUUGGCAAGGGGCCCGGCAGGUGCCUCACGUCGACCUUGGCGGCCUUGUAUGGGCAGCGCGACCCAGGGCUGGAGCUUCGGAGGCAGGAUGUCAGCCAGUGGCUCGAGCUCUGGCGCACGCGGCCCGAGGUUCACGGUCGGGCGCGCCGCGCCUGGCCCCGCCUGCCCCAGGCCCUGUCGCAGGCAGGGCCGCAUCGCUGGCGGCGUGUCCGCGGGCCUGCUGCUGCCGUGAUCGCGGUGCCCCUGGACAUCGAGUGGCGGCCCGAGUCGCCCCAGCGCUGGGUCCGCCCGACAGGGCCCAACGCCGUCGACGAGUGGAUCAUCCCUGGCCCCGACGCGGAGUGCUACGCCGUCGCCGACGCGUCCGAGUUCUUGGACGACCUCAUGGCAGACUUCGCGAGACGCAUGUGGCAGAGGGCCGCGCUGCACCCCGCGGGCGACAGCCUCUUCAACGGCGCCGACAUGAUGCAUGUGCAGCGGGAGCUCAGGCGCUUCAUGGAGGCGGGGGCCCCCGACCUGUGGGCGCAGACGGUCGUCAUCGUCAGCGGCGGACAGUGGACGAGGGGGCGCCAGCAGCAGGCAGGUUACGACUCCGAGGUGAUCUGCCAGCGCUGCGGCAAUGAGAAGGAACGCGUGUGCCCAGUCGACCUCGCCACGCCCAUCUUUGAUGGGUGCCAGGCGGACUGGGUCGAGCACCAGGGCGAGCCGCUCGACAGUUGCAGGGUCGAGGGCAAUGAGGUGCUCGACGAGUUCGGCGACGGCUCGGGCGGCCCGCGCACCGACGACCCUCGGCGGCGACGCGUCGGAGCUGCUGCUGUGGCACUUCGGCAGGAGGGUGAGUCGUGGUCGCCCGCCGCCAUCGUCACUGGCGGGCUCCGCGGGCGCAGGCAGACUGUACCCAGGGCUGAGCUGCUCGCCCUUGUCCUGUGCCUCGAGAGCUCGACAGGGAAAAUCCGUUUUCACACUGACUGCAAGUCUCUGUUGGAUGGUUGGAAUUCUGGCCGUCACACUUCGUGUAUAGGUAGCAAUGGAGACCUGUGGGUCCGCUUGAGGCAGGCGUUGAUCAAGCGUGGCAGCAGCAGUAGUGAUAUUGAGGUUGCUUGGGUCCCCAGUCACCUUGACGAGGACCCCGGUCGGAUUGUGAAUGAGGGCCUCCAGUAUGUCGCUGCUGGAAAUAUUUUUGCUGAUAAGGAGGCUGGGGCUGCCGCGGCGCGGUCGAGCCGAUGCCUGAUCGGUGAUGCACCGCGCACCGACGAGUGGGAUGCGGUUGCCGCGCUCGUGAG